GCUUGCAUAUCAGCCUCACUGCUCUAACGUAAUUCUCAAAGGCUAAUUCUUUGUGAUGGUGUAUAGGAGGCAGGAGACCUAAAGCAAGAACCAGAAUCAUUAACUGAGCCAGAAAGAGGGACGCCAAACUCUGGUCCAGGGGAAGAAAAAGCUCCUCUUGACGAGAGAAAAAGUGAGCCUGUGGAAAACCAAGAGGAGAGUAUCCAAGAAGAGAAUCCAGUUAUGAACUUCUUCAAAACACUAGUGACUCCCACUAAAACAUCCAAAAAGGAAACAGCUACCCCUGAUGCCACAAAAGAGCAGUCCCAGAAGGAGGCCGAGCCAGAGCCAACCACUACUGUUGCGCAAGUGUCUGAUCCACCUGCAGCUGCACCCAAAGGAAUGUCUAUCCCACCACCACCUCCUCCAGAGCCACCAAAAAUGGAGGUCAAAGCAGAAUCAGCUGCCAAACCUGCAAAACCCACACCAAAAGAAGAGCCAAAAGCUGCUGCAAAGGAACCCGAGUCCUCAAAAGGAAAAUCAGCCAAAGAUACACUGAGCAGAUUCUUCCGCUCAAAGAAGGUGGAUCCCUCAAAAGCCAGCACUCUGGAGGCUGCUGCGAAACCAGAACCGCCACCGCCUGUCCAGGAAGACAAGAAAUUAGCCGCAAAAUCAUCAUCCUUCUUAUCUUUCUUCAAACCUAAAGCUGAUGAACCCAAGAAGCCGACCCCAGCCCCAGCUGCAGGAGCAGAGGCAGCUCAGACAGUAAAAGCCAAAGAUGAACCUAAAGCAGCAGCCAAGUCAUCUGAGGCCGCUGUAGAUAACAAACCAGCCUCAGAUGCCCAAGCUGGAGAUGAUGCAGCCAAAGGACCCAAAAAACUGGAGAAAAGGAACUCCAUCCAUCUGUUCUUUAAAAAUCUGGGUCAGAAACGUCACUCUACAGAUGCCGGCGUCCAGACAGAGCCAGCGGUUGUUGCUCCAACAGCUGAGAAGGCCAAAUGAAACCAAAACCAACACUGACAUUUUCCUGUACAGACCCCCUUUCUCUUGUUCUUGCUCUUACUCAAUCUUUACUGUAUCUCUCUCUCUC